UUUUAGUUAAAAGGUUUAUGUCUGGUGUCAUAAUUGUUGCUGACCAAAGCACUUUGAGGGACUUCCAUGUAAGCUGAUGGUAUUGUUUUGAGCAGUUCCUUUAAAAAAGUACUUCAAACCCCAAAGAAAGAGGAGGAGGAUCUUGGAGAACCCCCAGCCUAGGAGAAGAAAUCUUUGGUGUUAUAGGAUGAAGGUGAUAAAACGGGAACUGUGCAGGAGCUGGCAUCACGAGAUGGUUCAGGUAGAUGGGAGUCCAGAGGGAGCUCAGCCUCAAGAAGUGGUUCAGGAACCCAUUCAGGUGGAUGAAAGCCCAGAAGGAACUCAGCAAAUCUCACCAGUACAGCAGGAGCAAGAAGACCAUUCCUCAGCAGUGCAGCUACUGCCCUCUGCUCAAGAGCCUCAAGGAGGGAAUGAUAUCCAUGUGCACCCACAGAGGCAGCCAGGGCAAGGAGGCACGGCCCCAGACAUGGGACCACAACCAACAGAAUCAGGCUGGGAGCUCCCAAAAGUGACUGUCAAGGUGCAGCCCCAGAACAUGAGCCAGGGGUGGGACUGCCCGGAGGUGACAGUGCAGGUGCAGCCUCAGAGGCCAAACCCAGGAUGGGAAGCCCCAUCAGUGACUGUGCAGGUGCAGCUCCAGCAGCAGGGCCCAGGGCCAUCUCUCCCACAAGUAACUGUACAGCUACAGCCCCAGGAGUGGGGACAAGGCACUGCUGGCAUCAAGGUCACUGUGCAGCUGCAGUUGGGCUGUGACCCAGAAGAGGUAACCUUCCUCCAGAACCAAGGUGAGGAAGUGUUAGAUAAUGGAGAACAGUGGACCCUCCCAAAAAAUCAGGGAGGGAUGAUGACAAGAUCUGAAGGUGAGAGGGAGCUUGCUGUGGUGGAGCUGGUGCCACAGGGGCUUCUGAGCCAAAAACAGGAUCAAGGAGAAGUGGAAAAACCCCAGCAGGACCAGUGCCAAGAGGAAAGAGCAGAAGUGGUGAAGGUGCAUGACAUGCAGGCUGGAGACAAAGCAGACCUGAAUGGGAUGGUGACAGAGGAACAGCUGCGGGACCAGAGCCAAGAGCAGGAACAGCUAAAAGCAGACCAGCUUCUGCAAAAGGAAGACCAAAGACAUACUGUGAUGAGACAGGAGCAAGGUAAUAUCCAAGAAGGGCCCAGGGGGAUUGUAGAAGACCAGAAGGAAGACCUAGCACGAGAACAGUCUAAGAAACGUCCGAGAGAGUCUCCAAAUUAUUUUGUUGCUAUUCCAAUAACAGAUGAUCAGAUUUUGGACAGAAUUGAAGAUGUUCAAGAACUCAUAUUCUCUAAAGAACCUGACCUGUCAAGAGCUCUUCUCCCUGUUCAAACUAUGCACCUUACUAUAAUAGUAGCUCAUCUGGGAACAGAAGAAGAAGUGAAAAAGGCUGUUCUGGCACUGAAGCAAAGCAAGACUAAAGUGGAAGACAUCUUGCAGGGUAAAGACCUUAAUUUGACAUUCCAUGGGAUUGGAGAGUUUAAUAACCAAGUGCUAUAUGUGAAAAUGCUGGAGGAAGGCCAGAAAAUGCUUAGCAGAAUUGCAGAAGCUGUGGAAGAAUGCUUUAUUGAAAUGAAUCUCGACAUUUCAGGAAGUAAGGACUUCAAACCACAUCUGACUUUCCUGAAGCUCUCUAAAGCAUCAAGGUUGAGAAGAAGGAGCACACUUCAGAUGACAGAAGAAAUAUUUACUGAGAAUAUUUUAAAAAGCAUGUUUCCCCCUCUCAGAAUUAAAGAAACUCCUGUCACAUCUUCAUGAGGAUUUCACGCCCUGGCAAAGUAUUCUCCAGGCUUCAGGAAACCUGAUGCUCUUCUCAUGCAGGAAGAAAUCCUCAUCAUGCUGAACUCAGUGAGAAACUGCUGCUGACUUCAGCACAGCCAGCUGCUACGAGACUGACAGGGUUAUCAUUAUGCCUUAAUUUUAAGCUUAUGCACACGCAUUCACGAAUAGGAACCGCAACAGCAGAAAGGCUUAAUGCAACAGUUAUAAGGGAACUGAAAAAUCCAGAAGGAAGAUGAUGCAGUUCAAGAUUAAUCUCACAAAAAACCCUAAUAUGAAUAGAAGAUCAAACGUUUAAUUUUUUUUUCCCCUUAGAAUGUCAAGAUGUCACAUUUCUUAGGCCGUCUGUCACAGAGCACUGUCAGAAAUGGAGACAGAAUCUGCUGGUUGAAUUACAGUGUGGUUACUCAAGGAUUGAAUCAGUAUUUAUUUGAAAAUUACACAUAAAUUAUUAAUUACCUCC